AUGGAUACAAUACUUAGGGAUUUUUUUACGAAUUGUAGUGGUUUUGCUGAAAAUGACUCCUCUAGUGAAUUACGAGUUGAAGAUCCGAAUGAUGAUGAUAUGAAAUUCUUUAGAUUGUUUGAUGAUAUGCAAAAGCCAUUAUUUGAAGGUUCUAAGUCCUCAAGAUUGUCUACUAUUGUUAACUUGCUUCAUAUUAAAACUCUUGGGUGGUGGAGUAAUGACUCAUUUACUAUGUUAUUGCAAUAUUUGAAAGAUCAUUUGUUACCAAAAGACUCAACUCUUCCUGCUUCCUAUUAUGAUGCAAAAAAGACCACUAAAGAUUUGGGGCUUUCAUAUAAAAAGAUUGAUACUUGUGUUAAUGAUUAUAUGUUGUUUUGGAAAGAUGAUGAACAAUUAGAAUAUUGCAAAAUUUGCAAUGCUUGUAGGUGGAAGCAAGCUCAUCAUAUGAGAUGGCAUCAUGAAAGGUCUGCCGAAGAUGGGGUUAUUGAGCACCCCGCAGAUGGGAAAGCAUGGCAAUGUUUUGAUGAGAAAAAUGAAUCUUUUUCUUCUGAAUCUCGUAAUGUUAGGUUAGGGCUUAUAAGUUAUGGAUUUAAUCCCUUUUCUAAUGUUGCAAAACCGUAUAGUAUUUGGCUUGUGAUGCUAGUUCCAUACAAUUUGCCUCCUUCGAUGUGUAUGAAACCUUCUAGUAUGCUAUUGUCAAUGCUUAUACCUGGUCCAAAGGGUCCUGGCGAUGCUAUUGAUGUAUAUUUACAACCUUUGAUAGAAGAGCUUAAAGAGUUGUGGGAAGUUGGUGUUGAAACUUAUGAUGCAUCAAAAAAAGAAAAUUUUAAAAUGCAUGCGGCUUUGCUGUUAACUAUCAAUGAUUUUCCUGCUUAUGGAAUGUUAUCUGGAUGGAGUACCAAGGGGAAGAGAGCAUGUCCUUGUCAUAAAGAAACUUCUUAUAUGUGGUUACCUAAUUGUUUUAAGCAUGUCUAUAUGCGUCAUCGACGUUUUCUUCCUAUUAAUCACCCAUGGCGAAGGAAGAAAGAUGUUUUUGGAAAGAAAGAAAAAGGAGAGGCACCUAAGCCAUUAUCAGGGAAGGAAGUUCUUGAACAAGUUAGAGAUCUUGAAGGUAUAUGUUUGUCCAAAGAUCCCACUAAGAAGACGAAAGUGUCACAUAAGAUCAGAGGUGAUAAUUGGAAUAAGAAAAGUAUUUUCUUUGAGUUGCCUUAUUGGAAAACACUUUUAUUACGGCAUAAUUUAGAUGUAAUGCACAUUGGAAAGAACAUAUGUGAUAUUAUUCUGGGAACCAUCAUGAACAUUAAAGGACAAACUAAAGACACUGCUAAUUCUCAUUUUGAUAUGGAGGGAUUAGGUAUAAUGCCAAAGCUACAUCCUAUUCCAAAGGGUGACAAAAUUGAAUUACCCCUCACACCAUACACACUAUUUAAGAGUCAAAAAGAGAUAUUGUGUCGUUUUUUAAAAGAGUUGAAAGUUCCCGAUGGCUAUUCUUCUAAUAUUUCUCGACGUGUAAAUGUAAAAGAUUGUAAGAUUUCAAGAUCGAAGAGUCAUGAUUGCCAUGUCAUGCUACAAAGCAUACUUCCUCUUGUGAUUCGCGACCUUUUGGUGAAAGAUGUAUCUGAGCCUUUACUUGAGAUAUGUCAGUUUUUCGGUGUGCUCUAUGCUAGAUCUGUGCAAGUUGAACAUCUAGAGAAAAUAAUCAAAGCCCAAAUUCCUUUAACUCUUUCUAAGUUAGAAGCAUGCAUGUGGAUGCCUCCUUCUUGUUUUGAUGUCAUGCUUCAUUUAAGUGUCCACCUAGCUGAUGAGGUAUUUCUUGGCGGUCUUGUCCAUUUUCAUUGGAUGUAUCCUGGGGAACGAUAUCUCUAUAAACUCAAGUUAUAUGUGCAUAAUAAAGCACGUCCGGAGGGCUCAAUAGCGGAGGGUUAUAUUGUUGAUGAGUGUAUGACUUUAUGCUCAAGGUACUUAGAUGACGUUGAAACAAAAUUUAAUCGUCUUGAGCGUAACUGUGAUGGUGAUGAUGAUACCGCCAGGAAACUAUCUAUAUUUUCUCACCCUGGAAGGCCCUUAGGGGGCGGUAAACCAACAAUCUGGACGUGUAUGAAAGAGAGCAGGCUCACAUCUAUGCUUUAA